AUGCGCUCCUUCAUCAUCAUGGCCAUCGUGGCCCUGAUCGCUUUCGCGUCUGCCAUGCCCAUAUCACCUUCGGCGCCCCGCCUCCAAAAGCGAGCUGAGCAGUAUCGCCUUCAAGGACUGCGAGAGUUUGAAAUCGCCGAACGUCUCUCAUCUUCCGCAUCAUCAGAGGUUGACCCAUGGCGCAUUCGAUUAAACCACAAAUUCCAUGCCCUCUUUGAUCCAACACCAACCGACGAAGAAGCCUCUUAUGACGACGACCAAGAGGACUUUUCUGGAGACGUAGCACCGGGAUCUGUGGAAGCGCCACAAGUCCUCCCCAAGGCUUCAGAGGAAGACAGUCUCUUCGACCGUCUGUGCGCCAUGUUCCACCGCGCGGAGAGCAGCUUGGGAUACGAAGGCAAGGAGCUUGAUGUGCGCCGACCUGGAGGUGUGAGGGACUGGAAGCGAUCUUAUGGAGGCUUCCGACGAUAG